ACUUCCCACCCUAAAACCCUUCCUUCUAAACCCUGUUUCUUCGUCUCUGCAAAGAAACGUUUCGACAUGGCACCGCAUUCUAAGAGAACGAAGAACACGAAGGUGUCAGGAGACAAACCGAAAAUAGAUAACGCCUCAAAGAAAAAAUUCAAACGGAAGGAGAGGAAGCAAAACGACGCCGUCGCCGCCACUAAGUCGGAAACACUACCUUUGCAGCUAGAAGACGAGGUUCCCGAUUUCCCUCGAGGUGGAGAAGUUUUUUUUAAUCCAAGGAGUGAUUAUGAUAAAUUUGGUGGCGAGAAUCACACGAAAAAGACGAAGAAGAAUAAGGGAAGAAAGGCUUUGAGUAAGAGUAAUGAGGCUGUAGAUGAUUGGGGCUCGCUUUCUGGUGGGGGUAUCACCGGAAAGUUGCCAAAGCGCGUGCAUAAAGUUACUCUCAAGAAUAUAACUCCUGGAAUGAAGCUUUGGGGAGUUGUUGCUGAAGUAAAUGAGAAGGAUCUUGUAGUUAGCUUACCAGGCGGUUUACGUGGUUUGGUACACGCAUCAGAUGCAGUGGAUCCUAUUUUUGAUGACAAGAUUGAGGUUGGGGAAAUUUUCCUUUCUGGUGUUUUUUAUGUUGGGCAACUGGUUUCUUGUGUUGUACUGAGAUUGGAUGAUGAAAACAAAGAAAAAGGAAGAAGGAAAAUUUGGCUUUCAUUGCGUCUUUCAUUGGUGCACAAGAACUACAACUUGGAUGUUGUUCAGGAAGGCAUGGUCCUUGCUGCAUAUGUGAAAAGCAUUGAAGAUCAUGGUUACAUUCUUCAUUUUGGUGUGUCUUCUUUCAUGGGAUUCCUACCAAAAGACAGCUCUACUGAAGGCUGGGGCGGUGAAGUAAAAAUUGGAAAACUUCUGCAGGGUUUGGUUAGGAGCAUUGAUAAAGUUCGUAAAGUUGUUUACCUGAGUUCUGAUCCUGAUACAAUGUCCAAAAGUGUGACAAAAGAUCUCAGAGGUUUAUCAAUUGAUCUUCUAGUUCCAGGAAUGAUGAUAAAUGCCCGUGUGAAGUCAAUCCUUGAGAAUGGUGUUAUGUUAUCGUUUCUCACAUACUUCACUGGAACUGUUGAUCUGUUUCAUUUGCAAAAUAUUUAUCCUGGAACAAACUGGAAGGAGAAAUACAUUCAAUCUCAGAAGGUUGUUUCUCGAAUAUUAUUCAUUGAUCCAUCAAGUAGAUCUGUUGGUUUGACGCUGAAUCCACAUCUUGUUCAGAACAGAGCCCCUCCUUCUCAUGUUAAAAUUGGAGAUAUAUAUGACAACUCAAAGGUUGUAAGGGUAGAUAAAGGAUCUGGACUAUUGCUUGAAGUUCCAUCAAUUCCGGAGCCAACUCCUGUUUUUGUCAAUAUAUCAGAUAUUGCGGAAGGGGAGAUCCAAAAACUCGAGAAGAAGUUCAAGGAAGGAAAUCAUGUUCGAGUUCGAAUUCUUGGGUUAAGAUAUUUGGAAGGAAUGGCAACAGGAGUUUUGAAGGCUAGUGCUUUGGAAGAGGAAGUGUUUACUCAUUCUGAUGUCAAGCCAGGCAUGGUGGUGAAGGCUAAGAUACUUUCAGUUGAUAGCUUUGGUGCUAUAGUGCAAAUUCCAGGUGGUGUGAAGGCUCUUUGUCCGCUUCGACAUAUGUCUGAAUUGGAAAUUUCAAAGCCUGGAAAAAAAUUUAAGGUGGGAGCUGAAUUGGUUUUCCGAGUGCUCGGUUGCAAGUCGAAGAGAGUGACGGUUACACACAAGAAAACCCUUGUGAAAUCGAAACAUGGGAUUAUUAGCUCAUAUACUGAUGCAACUGAUGGUUUGAUAACCCAUGGAUGGAUAACAAAAAUUGAAGUUCAUGGAUGCUUUGUACGGUUUUACAAUGGGGUGCAUGGAUAUGCUCCUAGAUUUGAACUUGGAUUAGAGCCAGGUGCUGAUCCAGGUACUGUGUACAAUGUUGGACAAGUUGUCAAAUGCCGGGUAGUAAGUUCAAUUCCUGCUUCACAGAGGAUCAACCUUAGUUUCAUAAUAAAACCCACAAGGGUGUCGGAAGAUGAUGUAGUUACCUUGGGCAGCCUUGUUUCAGGAGUUGUUGACAGAAUUACAUCCACUAAUAUAAUUGUUUAUGUCAAUGCAAGUGGUUUCUCAAGGGGUACAAUAUCCACAGAGCACUUGGCAGAUCAUCAUGGGCAAGCUAUUCUGAUGAACAAACUAUUGAAACCCGGAUAUAAUUUUGAUCAACUGCUGGUUCUAGAUGUUAAGGGAAACAAUUUGAUUCUGUCUGCCAAAAGCUCUCUUAUUAAACAUGCUCAGCAGAUUCCUUCAGAUAUCAAUCAGAUUCAGCCUAACUCUGUUGUGAAUGGCUAUAUAUGUAACUUAAUUGAGUCUGGCUGCUUUGUUCGUUUCCUUGGUCAUUUAACUGGCUUUGCUCCAAGAAAUAAGGCUGCAGAUGACCACAAAACCAAUAUUUUGGAAGCCUAUUACAUUGGGCAAUCAGUUCGCAGCAACAUAUCCAAUGUUAGUAGUGAAACUGGUAGAGUAACGCUAUCUCUAAAGCAGACAGAAUGUUCUUCAACUGAUGCAUCAUUUAUUCAGGACUAUUUUCUCAUGGAUGAAAAGAUUGCCAAGUUGCAGAAUUUGGGCUCUGGUGCAUCUGAUUUGAAGUGGGUUGAAGGAUUUAACAUUGGUGUGGUUGCAAAAGGGAGAGUUAAGGAUGUUACAGAUGUUGGACUUGUUCUAAGCUUUGAAAAGUAUAGUGACGUUUUUGGUUUUAUUACCAAUUAUCAGUUGGCUGGAACUAUUUUGGAGAGUGGCUCCGAAGUGGAAGCGUUGGUUGUUGAUGUUGCUAAGGCAGAACGGCUUGUUGAUUUAACUCUAAAACCAGAGUUCUUUAAUAGUUCUAAAGAAAGUUCCGUAAGUCGUACUAACAAGAAGAAACGUAGAAGGGAGGCAUCCAAGGAGUUGGUAUUGCAUCAGACUGUGAAGGCAGUUGUGGAAAUUGUGAAAGAAAAUUACAUGGUUGUAUCAAUUCCAGAAAAUGAUUAUGUGAUAGGAUAUGCAUCUAUAUCGGACUAUAACACACAAAGGUUUCCUCAUAAACAAUACCAAAAUGGGCAGAGUGUUAUUGCAACUGUUAUGGCACUUCCGAGCCCUGAAACAUUGGGAAGGUUGCUUUUACUUCUAAGUGAGGUCAAUGAGACCACCAGUUCUAAAAGAUCUAAGAAGUCUAGCUAUAAAGUGGGAACUCUGGUUGAGGCAGAGAUUACUGAUAUAAAAAUGCUUGAACUGAAAGUGAAGUUUGGAUUUGGUCUACAUGGAAGGAUUCACAUAACAGAGGUACAUAAUGGUAAUGAUUAGAAAAAUCCAUUCUCUAGCUACAAAAUCGGUCAGACAGUGACUGCAAGGAUUGUUGCAAAACCUAAUGAAACAGAUGGCAACAGGAAGGGCUCACAGUGGGAGCUUUCUGUCAGACCUGAAAUGGUUACAGGUUCCAGUGACAUAGAUGAUGUAUCUGGAAAUCUUGAGUUUAGAAUUGGGCAAUGUGUGGCUGGUUAUGUGAGCAAAGUAGAAAGUGAAUGGGUCUGGUUAACAAUAUCGCGAAACGUGGGGGCUCAGAUAUAUAUUCUUGAUAGUGCUACUGAACCCAGUGAGCUAGAGGAUUUCCAGAAUAGAUACCUUGUUGGGCAACAUGUUUCUGGUCACGUUCUAAGUUUCAACCCAGAGAAGAAGCUACUGCGGUUGGUUUUACACCCCUUCUCAACUCUUCCUUGUAGAACAAAUGAAGAGCCACAAAUUAAUAUUAUGGACAAGGAUUUAACAGAAUAUGUUCAUGAAGGAGAUAUUUUGGCUGGAAGGGUUAGUAAAAUACUUCCAGGUGUUGGUGGAUUGCUUGUCCAAAUUAGUCCUCGUACAUAUGGAAAAGUACAUUUUACCGAAAUUGCAGACACGUGGGUGGAUGAUCCACUGUCUGGAUAUCAUGAAGGGCAGUUUGUCAAAUGCGUAGUUCUUGAAAUUACUCACACUGUAAAGGGUACCACUCAUUUUGACUUGUCAUUGCGAUCUUCCAAUGUGAAGCUUUCCCAGGAUUCUGCAGAUCUUGAGAGCGUUGUGGAUGCCAAUGGCAAAUGUAUAGAGAAGAUUGAGGAUCUACACCUUGAUAUGAUUGUAAAGGGUUAUAUUAAGAAUGUCACACCAAAGGGUUGCUUCAUUAUGCUCUCACGAAAGGUUGAUGCCAAAAUUCUUCUAUCCAAUUUAUCGCAUGAAUAUGUUAAAGAACCCGAGAAAGAAUUUCCAGUGGGAAAACUUGUAUCUGGCAGGGUUAUAUCUGUGGAGCCUCUUUCAAAACGUGUUGAAGUUACACUGAGGACAUCCACAGUUACCAAUACUUCCAAAUCCGAGAUUGUUGAUUUUAGUAAAUUUCAUGUCGGAGAUAUUAUAUCUGGCAGGAUUAAGCGGGUUGAGUCAUUUGGUUUGUUCAUAGUAAUUGACAACACAAACAUGGUUGGAUUAUGCCAUGUAUCAGAAAUUUCUGAUAACCAGAUUGAGAAUAUCGAAGCAAACUAUAAAGCUGGAGAGAGAGUAAAUGCAAGAAUAUUAAAGGUGGAUGAGGAAAGACACAGAAUUUCUUUGGGAAUGAAAAAUUCAUAUAUGACGGAUGGAACUUUACUUCAAAUAGCAUCCAAGGAAGGAUCGGAUGAACUUAUUGAAGCAGAUGGAAAGAAGUCUAUAACUUCUAUGCAUAGUUCGCUGGAAACCUCAAAUAUAGGUUCUGACGAUGAAAUGAAUCAAUUCCCAAUUCUUUCACGAUCUCAAGAUAGGGGAGACAUUCCACCACUUGACGUUUCUCUCGAUGACUUUGAUCAAAUUGAUGUAAAUAAUGCUAAUAGUCACAGUAAAGAGCAUGGAAAUGAAGAAGUCAUUAUACACGAAAAGAAUAAAAGGCGUGAAAAGAGGAAAGCAAAGGAAGAAAGGGAGAAGCAAAUAAGGGCAGCCGAGGAGAGAUUACUGGAGGAGGAUGUACCUAGAACAGCCGAUGAGUUUGAAAAGCUGAUUAGAAGCUCUCCCAAUAGCAGUUUUAUCUGGAUAAAUUACAUGGAUUUCAUGAUUUCUAUGGCUGAUGUGGAGAAAGCCCGCUCAAUUGCUGAAAGAGCUCUGAUGACCAUAAAUGUCCGAGAAGAGAACGAGAAGCUUAACAUUUGGAAGGCCUACUUUAAUUUGGAAAAUAAGUAUGGCAACCCUAGAGAGGAGGCCGUUAUGAAAGUAUUCCACAGAGCUCUACAAUACAAUGAUCCCAAAAAGGUCUAUCUAGCACUCUUGGGAAUGUACGAGAGGACUGAACAGCAUAAUUUAGCCGAUGAACUUCUCAAUAAAAUGGCAAAGAAGUUCAAGCAUUCUUGCAAAGUUUGGUUGAGGCGUGUACAAGUCUUUGAAGCAAAACCAGGAUGGAAUCCAACCUCUCAUCGAUCGAGCUUUUCGUUAUGCCUGCCCAAACAUAAGCAUAUUAAAUUUUUCUCUCAGACAGCGAUCUUGAAUUCAAAUUGGGUGUUCCAGAUCGAGGGCGAUCUUGUUUGAAAAAAUUCUUUCGGAAUACCCAAAGAGAACAGACCUAUGGAGUGUUUAUCUCGAUCAAGAAAUUCAACAUAAAGACGAAGAUAUAAUUCGUGCGCUGUUUGAAAGGGCUGUUAGUCUGAGUCUCCCACCUAAAAAGAUGAAGGUGUUGUGUGAAAAGA